GAAAAACCGAGCAUGAAAAAGUUUGAAGUAGUGAGCUGUAAUUUCAUUCUCCUUACAUAAAGUGAUAUUACCAAGCUGUUAAGUACUUCUUAGAACACAAAAACACUUUGUUCACAGCAUAUUACAGGUGUUAAGCUCAACUAUCAUAUUAAACCAUGCAUGAGAACACAUCACAGUGAAGCUGUAUGGUAAACAUGCUGAGUAAGCACGUCCUAGGUGGGACAUUUGGACGGUACACAUGUCAUAUGUCCUAUAAGUAUUAUGUCAAGUAUUAACAUCAACGUAGCUACCAAGCCAAGUAGCUGAAUCCGCUGCAUAUGCAGCUGAUCAACUAAAUGCACUAUUUGACACAAGCAAUUUCCCAGUAAUCCUUCUUGAGCUCUACUACCCUGCUGUCAACAUGGCCAGCCCUUCGAUUCUCCCUGCUAAUGUUCUGUUGUCAAGGCGCGUCCAAGAAAUGGUCAUCAACGGUGAAGAACCAGAAUCGCUGUACAUCUGUAGAGAUGAAAACGAAGAUGAAGAUGUUCCAUCCCCAUUAGCUCCAAUUCCCAUUAUUGACCUGAGUUUGUUCUCAUCAUCAACGUUAAGCACCAAAAGAGAAGAAGAAUUGCAGAAGCUAAAAUCAGCACUCUGCUCCUGGGGCUGCUUUCAGGCUAUAGGUCAUGGGAUACCAAGUUCAUUCCUAGACGAAAUUCGCCAAGUCACUAAAGAAUUUUUUGAACAGCCAAUGGAUGAGAAGAAGAAGUAUAGCAAAGGAGUCGAAGAUGAGGAAGGAUAUGGAGGAGACCCUACUCCUGAAGAAGGUCAGUUCCUUGACUGGCAAGAUCGCUUGUUUCUUACCUCAUACCCAGAAUAUUUAAGGGACACCAAAUUUUGGCCAGAAAGCCCCAAAUCCUUCAGGAAUGUUUUAGAAUAUUACACUACUAAGAUGAGAAUGGUGACUGAGCUUGUUUCCAAAUCCAUGGCAAAGUCAUUGCAAUUGGAGGAGAAUUGCUUCCUGAAUCAAUUUGGUGAACGAGCAGCACUGCAAGUGAGGUUCAAUUACUACCCGUGUUGUCAAAAGCCUGAAAUUGUUCUUGGCUUAAAACCCCAUGCAGAUGGCACAGGGUACACCAUUAUCUUGCAAGAUGAUGUUGAAGGCCUUCAAGUCCUCAAAGAAGAGCACUGGUUUACAGUCCCUACCAUACCUAAUGCACUCCUAGUCCUCAUGGGUGAUCAAAUGGAGAUAAUGACAAAUGGGAUGUUCAAGAGUCCAGUGCAUAGGGUAGUAACCAACAAAGAGAAGGAGAGAACAUCUAUUGCAGUUUUCUACACACCAGAAAAACACAAAGAGAUUGGACCAGAAGAUGGUCUGGUGAAUGAGGAAAGACCAAGACUAUUCAAGAAGGUAAAAGACUAUGACAUCACACAUUGGGAAUACUACCAAAGAGGAAUGAGAGCUCUUCAUACAGCAGAAAUUUGAACGUGUGCUAUGGUCUCUUAUGCUUUAGCUAAGGUACUUCGUUUGCCUAAUUAGUGUUACUUAAAGUAUCGGUUUGUAAAAAGAGCUCACAUAUUUCUCACUUUAUAUAAAAAUAAAGAACCUUAAUUUAUUCCAUAUAGCAUUUAGCA